AUGGAUGCUGACAAUACGGCUACAUUAUUACAUAUCUCACAAGAAUUAUAUGGUUGGGGUAGUUUGAUUAUAUUUUUUAUUGGUACCUUUGGCAAUAUACUUGAUAUUAUAUCAUUUAUUCGUCUUGAAAGUCUUAAUACAUUAGCUAGUUCUUUAUUUCUUUUGGCUUCUUUUAUUGGCAGUCAGUGUGUUAUGUUAACAGCAACUCUUUUACGAGUCAUUUUUGGUUUAACAGGAUACGAUCCAUUAUUUUCUUCAUUAUUUCUUUGUAAAGCUCGUUGGAUGGUAGGUCCAGCAAGUGGUGCUUUUUCACUUACUUGCGUUUGUUUAGCCGCUGUUGAUCGAUAUAUUUUGAUACGAUCUCAAUAUCGUACGAAGAUCACAUUGAAUCAAGCUCGUUUAGCUAUUAUACUUGCUGCAAUUUUUUGGUUAGGAUUUUUCUCAAUCUAUGCUGUUUUCUUUGUUGCACCAACACCAAAUUCUUGUCGAUUGGUUAAUCCUAUAAUGAGUCAGCUAAUGCCUUUCAUUAGUUUUUUUGUCUACAGUGUCAUUCCCAUAGUAGUACUUUCUGUCCUUUGUCGUCUAAUUUGGCAUACUCUUGGCCAAUUACCUGUUACCUAUAUACAUGGCGGUAAUCGUUUACACGAUCAAGUAACACGUAUGAUUAUUGCACAAAUUAUUAUUGUUAUCAUCACCAGUUUACCAAGUGCUGUUUAUUCUGUUUAUACGAUUUCUACAAGAACAGUAACCAGAAGUCCAUGGCGUUCAGCAAUAGAAACAUUAGUCAAUACAGUAUGCGUCUUAAUCGGUUUUCUUACACAUGCAAUUAUGUUUUAUGUUUAUCUGAUUGCCUCAACAACUUUUCAUAAAAAUGUAAAGACUAUGUUUUAUGUUGGAUUUCAACGUAUUGCACCGGCAGUUGCACGAUUGUGUACCAAUACGCAAGUGAUUGUUCCUGCAGUUUAA